GAAAAAGAUGGAGGCCUCAAACGUCUGUGCUCUGCUAUCUGCUGAGUCAGAUGCUAAAACUAACAUUUCUAGUCCUCUUAAUGCGGCUUCUGUCACAGAUUCUGAAACAGUAAUAAACAGUAAAACUGAUAGUACCCUGAUUAAAGAACAAAAGAGUGACGAGGAGCUACUAGAGGGUCUCCUCACGGAGUAUUACUGCCAUGUUUGCUCCUCUAACCUGUUGUUUGAAUCCAAUCGGCUGGCCCAUUAUAAGGGGAACAAACACGCUCAGCAGGUCAAAACGUACCUGAACGCCGUGAGAGUGGAGCUGGCCAGAGGUUGCCAGAGCGCGUCCCGUGAUAAGAACCGUUUCUGUGAGCUGUGUAACAUGGUGUUUAACUCGCCCGUGGUCGCAAAGUCACACUACGAGGGCAAAAUCCACGCCAAAAACCUGCGGAAACAAAGCCUCCCUUCCCCAGAGAAGGACACAGAAUUGCAUCAUUUGCCAAGUAUCGCCCAGGAUCCCUGUAACUCCGAGCAGAAUUCGUCUCAGGAGGAUGACCUGGAGCUUUGUCCUGAUCCGACGCCUCCGCCCGGCAUCCCAGAUCCCUCAGCUUCCCCCAGCGACGAGGUUGAUCUCAAAGAUCCUGACAAGUACUGCAGCCUUUGUUGUGCCUCCUUCAACAGUCCUGGGGUGGCCUUGCAGCACUACAACGGGCGUAAACACCAGAGGAAAACGGCCCGACAGGAACUCCUCAGAGAGCUCGGAACAGAUGUGCAGAAAGGAAACCCUUUUAUGUGCGAUGUUUGUGGUGUAUCGUUCGACUCUGUGGAGAUGUACCAGGGUCACAUGCAGGGGAACAAACACCAGAUCAGGGAGAGGAAGCUGAGAGACGUCUUUAAGUCCCAGCCGAAGGUCUACGGCACGUUCGCAGACGAGCUCGCCGACUACAUCCAGGUGCAAAAGGCCCGAGGAAUCACCCCCAAGACCGCUCAGCCUCUCCCUGAAGAAAGCCCUCAGGACGACGACGCGGGAGAAGACGAGGUGCAGCGCGAAGGCUUGAACCAGUGCGACUUCACUCCAGCGCCUCUUUUUAUGCCCGACGUCUCUCAGACUCCCCGUCCUCCGCCAGCGCCGUGGUUUCCGUUCUGCCCCGUCCCAUUCUGUCCUCCCUUUGGCUGGCCCUACACCUGUCCUCCUCCUCCUCUCCUCCCCUUCCCGGGGCCCACACACUUUACCGCUCUGCCCACAGGCGGUGGGCAGCAAAGCAGACUCUCUACUUCCUCCGCUGGUACCGCCUCGUCGUCGUCGGCCUGCUCGUCCCGGAGCUCCGACGCCAGCGACGGCGACGAACGCGACGAGCACGGGAACGUGGAAAAGAGGAAAACGAGACGACGCAGAGGAGGAGAGGAGGCGUCUGACACAGAGGGAAGGAGGAGGAAGAGACAGAGGACGGGGAGGUGGGGGGAGAGCCGGGGGAAGAAGCGGACGCGACGAGACAAAGCAGGUCAGAGCUUUGAGGUGGACGGAGAGCGAAGCGCGGCUGACAGAUUGCACUCGCAGGCGUUUAAACGCACGGACGGAGGGAGGGAGCGCGGGAGCAGUAGGUCAGCCAGAGCCAGAAAAGAGAAGAAGAGAACGAUAGACAGGGUGGACACGAGGACGGAGGAGGAGAAGCUGUGGGACGACUCCAUUCUGGGUUCGAGCCAGAUCGUGCCACAAGAACUCGCCAAAGUCGUUUACCCUGAGAUCAACAGCAAUGAGACUAUUGAAUGUGACUGUGGUAAAUUCAAAUGUGACUCUGCCUUCUGGUUCCGAACGGUUCCCAAUGAGGCCAAAGUAGAGUUCAUAGCCAGAUCCAACAAUGCUGACCGUGUCAACUAUGGGCCUUCGUACGAGGCACACAAGGCUCGCUUCAAGUUAAGCAAGAGGAGCAGCGGCUUUGCCCUGCGCAUCAUCAGCGUGACUAAAGAGGACGCAGGGUUUUACUCUUGUAUCCUUACGGGAAAAGAUGAAAACUCAAAGACCACAGAAAAGUUUAAUCCUGGGGCUGUUUUACGGCCAGGAGAGACCCGUCCAACUCUACCUCCAGUCACAAAGCCUAAGUCUAAAUCCAAACCCCGCUGUCCCUGCACUCAGAGGAAUCACCCACAGGAUGGCUGUCACUCUCUGGUUCUUUGGCCGCUUGUCGGAGUUGUUGCGAGCUUGGGUCUGUGUCUUCUCGCCACGCUGUAUUACUUCAGCCGACUGCCCAAAAAAUGUCACCACCACUUUGUGAAGAAGAGGCUGAUGAACUAAAGCCGGUCAUUUUCCGUUUUUAUUGGACCUUAAAUGCUGGAUCGCUUCACUGAAGCACUGCAUCGUUUGGAGACUGAGUGCCAUGAGGCGCCCUGAAGACCUUCUCUGCUAAAAGCAGCUUAUUUGCGACGGAGAACAUGUCCGCAGCCCGAGGCAGGACGCAGCUUUGUAACAUAUCGUCAUGUAUAUUAAGAAAUGCUCUGUAUUCAAUCCUUAACCCAGAUUUCCGUUCACCCAGAAUGUUUCUGUCACUGCUUAGUUUGUAGAUUUUAUAAUCGUUUAUCCCUCAUUUCACCUUGCACCAAAGAGCUAUCGGGAUUUUUUUAUCGUGAUUUCCCCCCCCCCCCAUCGGGAUCGUGUAGCAUUUCUGGCUAUGAUUAAAAUUGUUUUUCAGACAAAAUCAGCAAAAUGUUUUCUUCUAGCGUAGUUGUUCCAAGGUGCUCUUUUUCUACAUAGUUUUUUUCUCCCUUGUGUAUUUAUUUGUGUUAAUGUGACGUUUAUUGCAAAAAUCUUGUAUGUUGGCACAUAAAACUCAGAGAAUAAAUUCUGUGUUAUUUUUAUCUAUGA